ACUUCUCCGAAGCAGGAUGCAUCUGUGCGGAGCGGGGCCAAGCCUUCCUCUCCGGCUGCUCACACUGUGCCUCUUGUGCGGGCAGCUGGCGAAGGCUGUGGCAGCCGACGACUACGAUGAUUAUGCCACCCCCAACGGGACCGAGGCCCCCCAGAGCCCGCCGCCAGGCCUGUGCCCCCGGGCCAUCCCCUCCACCAAGGUGACCCUGAACCGCACCACCUUCCUGGUCCUGCCCCCGUCCUCGCAGGCGCAGCUCGGCAGCCCCCUGACCACCCUCCUGCUGCCCUCCUUCUACGCCCUGGUCUGCCUGGUAGGGCUGCCAGCCAACGCCCUGGCGCUCUGGGUGCUGGCCACGCGCAUCGAGAAGCUCCCAUCGACCGUCUUCCUGAUGAACCUGGCGGCCGCCGACCUCCUGCUGGGCCUCAUCCUGCCCUUCAAGGCCGCCUACUACUACCUGGGCAACCACUGGCCCUUCGGAGAGGGCAUGUGCCGCCUUACCACGGCCGGCUUCCACGCCAACAUGUACUGCUCCCUCCUGCUGCUGGCCUGCAUCAGCGCCGACCGCUACCUGGCCGUGGCCCACCCCUUCCUGGCCCGCUCCUUCCGCAGCCCGGCCUUCGCGGCGGGCACCUGCGGCGCCGCCUGGGGGGCAGCCGCCCUCUCGGCGCUGCCCCUGGCCCUGCGGCGCCAGUCGUUCCCCCUCCUGGGCACGGAGGGCCGCGUCUUGUGCCACGAUGCCCUGCCCGCCGAGGACGACGCCGGCUAUUUCCGCCCCUAUUUCGUCGCCCUGGUGGCAGGCGGCUUCGUGGCCCCGCUGCUGGUCAUGGCCUCGUGCUCGGGCGCCACCCUGUGGGUCCUGGCGGGGAAAGGGGAGCGCUACGCCACCGCCAUCAAGCUGACCGUCGUCGUGCUGGCCUCGGCCGUGGCUCUGUACACCCCCAGCCACGUCCUCCUGCUCCUCCACUACUCGCGCCGCUGCGCCCAAGCCCGAGGGACCCUCUACGUGGCGUACAUGGGGGCCCUGGCUGCCAGCGCCUGCAACACUUGCGUAGACCCCUUUGUCUACUACUACGCCUCGGAGGAAUUCCGCGCCAAGGUGGUGGGGAGGAUCUUUGGGGUGCGGAAGGACUCUGCCGUCUCCCUGAAAACCAGCAAAGAGACCCUGCCCACAAAAUGCUCCCAGGCAUAGCUGCCAAGUUUUCCCUUUUCUCGCGAGGAAGCCUAGUCAGCAUAAGGGAAUGUCCCUUAAAAAAAGGGAGAACUUGGCAGCUAUGCUCCCAGGCCCUGGCAUGAAAAUGAAACAAAACACUAUCGUAACUUUUUGAGACCCCCACGAUUUCCUGUAUUGUCAAACUCCCCAAGAGACUGCCAUCUCCUCUCCCACUAUGACAAAACUGGCAGCGAUCUUUACCCGUUGGAUUGACCAAAGUUGCAGAUUUCGAUUUUAUUUAAAGAAAUAUUGUAAUAUUUAAUAAUUCGAAAUUUUCAGGGAAGUCGAUAUAGGCUUUCGGUUUUAGAAUGAGGAGUUCGGUUUAGUUUUGUAGAGAUAGUUUAGUGUAAUUUAUAAAUGUGUUCUAUGGUUAUCAAGGGGAAAGAUUAAGAUUUUAAUAGAAUAUUGCUAAUGAUGAUAUAUAGUGAAAUUCAGAAGGGGGGGGGGACUCAGGGAAGUCACCUAAGAAGGUUAAGAAAAAUAUG